AUGUUAAUAGCAAUGGUGGUAGUUUUUGCUGUAUGUUGGAUCCCCCUCAACGCAGUUUCCUUUUACACAGACAUGAGAAUGGGGGAUCCGAACUUCCGACCCCACUAUUACUCCGGCGUUAUUUUCUUGACCUGUCAUAUCUUUGCAAUGAGCUCCGCCGUGUAUAACCCUUUAUUAUACGCCUGGCUUAGUGAAACUUUCAGACGAAACCUCCGGUCAAUGAUACCUCGAUGGAAUAGGAAAUCAAUAGAUACGGGAGUCAUGACAACUCCUGGUGCCCUUGAGAUUUCGGGCGAAGCGAUACGGCCAACUUCGAAUCAUGUAGAAGUCAAUGAGAUUUUUCGAAGGAGUAUGAAUUUGCAAACUUGUUCUGGACUUGAUGAGGAUCUAAAUUCAUGCAAGCAGUUACAAGAAGUGAAGAAAAAGUGUGAUAAAAGUUGA